AAAAAAAACAAAGAGAGAAAAAAGACGCUCCGCCUCUCCCACCACAGCAACAGCUUCUCGACGCCGCCGUUUACCUCACAAUCCCGAGAGCUUUGCACCGAGAAAGAAGCUUGAAGAUGUUGCAGAGCAAGUCGUUCGUGAAGAAAACGAAGCAAGGAAAAGUUAUGAAGGUAGUGAGAGAACACUAUUUGAGAGAUGAUAUUUACUGCGGCGCGCCUUUCUGCAAGGUUUGCGAUGUUACUGGCGCGCGCCUUGACUCGAAUGCCUCAACGAUUAUCGUAGUAGACACCAAUGUCGUUCUCCAUCAGAUUGAUUUGUUGGAAAAUCCGGCAGUGGAUAAUGUUGUGGUGCUAUCAAUCGUCCUCGAGGAAGUGAAGAACAAAAACCUUGCUGUAUAUAAUAGGCUUAGGGCCCUUUGCAGCAAUACGCUAAGGAGGUUCUUUGUCUUUUCAAAUGAGUAUCACAAGGAUACAUAUGUAAAAAUUGAGACUGGUGAAAGUCCAAAUGACAGGAAUGACAGAGCAAUUCGGGUGGCGGCCCAAUGGUAUCAGAAUCACCUCGGCGCUGCAGUACGAGUAUUGCUGGUUACUAAUGAUAGAGAUAACAAAAGGAAGGCUAUUGAGGGUGGCAUUCCUGCAGAGACAGUUGAAUCAUAUGUCAAAUCUCUUGAUCAACCAGCACUGCUUGACCUGAUUGUUCAGGCUCCAGCUGAAGAUGUUACGAUGGAGGAUGCUGAAGAUUUACGGCCCUCGAAGAGAAAAACAAUAUAUGCUGAGCAUAAGCCCAUGUCUGAAAUUACUUCUGGCAUGCAUCGUGGAAUUUACCACCAAGGGAAACUUCGGGUUAAUCGUUAUAAUCCAUUUGAAGCAUAUGUUGGGAGUGAAAGUAUUGGAGAUGAAAUUAUUAUUUAUGGACGUACAAACAUGAACAGAGCUUUUGAUGGUGAUAUUGUGGCUGUGGAACUUUUGGCUCAAGAUUGCUGGAAAGAAGAGAAAUCUCUUGCAAUAGCAAAUGAUGAGGAUGAGGAGGAGGAUGAUUUUCAUUUAGCGCCGAGCAGUGCUGAUGAUGCUCCUAGAGGCUCACAUCCAUCACAGGUUUCAACCGGAAACAAGAGUGACAUGCCUACUCGCCCAUCUGGUCGUGUUAUUGGCAUUAUAAAACGGAACUGGCACUCUUAUUGUGGAUCUUUGGAGCCAAUGCCUAUGCCUGCUGGUGACGGUGGUAUUGCACAUGCUCUGUUUGUCUCAAAGGAUCGGAGACUUCCUAAGAUUCGCAUACAAACCCGACAGCUUGGAAAUUUAUUGGACAAACGAAUCAUUGUUGCUGUGGAUUCAUGGGACCGCUUAUCUCGAUAUCCUUCUGGACAUUAUGUCAGAACCAUAGGCAAUAUAGGUGAUAGAGACACCGAAAGUGAGGUGGUACUGAUAGAAAAUGAUAUUGAUGCAAGACCAUUUUCCACUCAAGUUUUGGCAUGUUUGCCACCCUUACCGUGGUCUGUGUCUGCUGAAGAUAUAGCAAAUCCCAUCAGGCAGGAUAUGCGUCAUAUUCGUGUCUUCAGUGUGGAUCCUCCAGGUUGCAGGGAUAUUGAUGAUGCUUUACAUUGUACACUUCUUCCGAGUGGACAUUUUGAAGUUGGAGUCCAUAUCGCCGAUGUUACAAAUUUUCUUCAUUCUGGAACCCCGUUGGAUGACGAGGCUUCACAAAGGGGCACUUCUGUCUACCUUGUUGAGAGGCGUAUUGACAUGCUUCCAAAACCUCUAACAGAAGAUAUAUGUUCUUUGCGCGCAGAUGUAGAGAGACUAACCUUUUCUGUUAUAUGGGAAAUGACUCCUGAAGCAGAAAUUAUUUCUACAAGAUACACAAAGGCCAUUGUCAAAUCUUGUGCUGCAUUAUCUUAUGUUGAAGCUCAGGCGAGGAUGGAUGAUAGUCGCAUUGCUGAUCCAUUAACUACAGAUUUGCGGAAUCUGAACAAAUUAGCUAAGAUAAUGAGGCAAAAACGUAUUGAAAGAGGAGCCUUGACUCUUGCUUCUGCUGAAGUGAAGUUUCAAAUUGAUACUGAAACUCAUGAUCCGCUUGACAUAGGCAUGUAUCAAAUAAGAGAAGCAAACCAGAUGAUUGAGGAGUUUAUGCUUGCAGCUAAUAUAUCUGUAGCUAAAAAAAUUCUUCAACAUUUUCCCCCCACUUCUUUGUUAAGACGGCAUCCAACCCCAACUAAUGAAAUGCUUGAACCUUUACUUCAAACUGCUGCUUCUGUUGGUCUCUCUUUGGAUGUGACGUCUUCUAAAGCACUGGCAGAUUCACUUGAUCGUGCUGUGGGUGAUGACCCAUUUUUCAAUAAGUUGAUCCGCAUUCUGGCAACAAGAUGCAUGUCACAGGCAGUGUACUUCUGUAGUGGAGAUUUAAGCCCUCCAGAGUUUUAUCAUUAUGGUCUUGCUGCUCCCGUAUACACACAUUUCACUUCUCCCAUAAGAAGAUAUGCUGAUGUGAUUGUACACCGAUUGCUUGCGGCAUCCUUGGGGAUAUGCAGACUCCCAGAUAUAUUCCAAGACAGACCACGGCUUACUGGCAUUGCUGAUAAUUUGAAUUAUCGCCACAGGAAUGCCCAGAUGGCUAGUCGGGGUUCAGUUGAGCUCCAUACACUCAUUUAUUUCAGGAAAUGGCCGACUGAUACGGAGGCAAGAAUAUUAAAAAUAAGAGCAAAUGGCUUCAUUGUGUUUGUGCCAAAAUAUGGGAUUGAAGGACCUGUAUACUUGACAUCGAGAGGGCAGAAAGGAAGUGGUGAAUGGAUCAUUGACGAGCAGCAGCAAAAGAUUAAAAAGACUAAUGGGGAGGUGUCUUACGGCGUUCUGCAACCAGUGAGGAUUCACAUGGAGGUCGUAGAACCACAGCCCAACAGGCCUAAGCUUGAACUCACGCUUAUCUGAUAACGGUGAGACUGUUUCCUUAUAGUUUCUUCACUACCCUCUUGAUUGUCUGGGUUACUUCCAUAAGCUUUUAUAGGAAACUAAGUUUUUAAUUUUAUUUUUCUGGUUUUGUUAUCUUUUUUUCAUUCCAUGCGUUAAGUUUAUUAGUGAUUCUUCGUGGCUGUAGAGUAGAUGAUGCUGUUAUGCAUUACUGUUGUACACAUUGUUCCCUAAAAUAGCUAUACAAGUACUAAUAUAUUUUUUUGCAA